AUGCAGAGGCAACGCGCACCAUGGCGGGUGCUGGCGCUGUGUUUGAGUUUCAGUGUGCAUCGGCUGCUGACUAUGGCAGGAGGUGGCAUCCCAGCGGUGAUAAUGCUUUCGUGGUAUUUCAGUGCGCUAGGAAGGAGUGUCACACUCUUCCAUCCUUUCCAGGCAGUAGAUAUGCUCACUGCAGCAGCUGCAAGCACCUCUGAAAUCACAGCCGGUGAUGAUGAGCCAAGGCCAAGCACUUCACAAAUCACAGCCGGUGAUGAUGAGCCAAGGCCAAGCACUUCACAAGCUUCAGGACGAAUUGGAACCCCGCGGGGCUCCCCAAUCAAAGAGGGCCCAUUAGGAGGGGACGCGAGGUCAGACUCAGAAGAUGACGGUGGCAUUCCGUCUCAAGAGGAGGCGAGGCGACAGCUGGAUCAACUCAUACGCAGAGCAAACAGUCUGAAAGCGACGAUGUUCCACAUGCGAAGAACUACGGACGAAGCCUCGAGAUACUGGUCUUCAGUCGAAGCAUAUGUACAAAUGCGAUGCAGAAAGUGCGUGAGCGAUCUGGUGAGUGAGCUUCUGACGGUGUUGCAUGUACUGUUGGUACAACAGAUACGGAUGGCCCGCCACGACUGGUCACAAACGUUCCUUGCUGCCUAA